UUCCUCUCACGCUCUGUUCAAGGCAGUUUCCUGAAAGCCCCUCAGCUUGGUGUCCAACGCUGUAGUCUGAGCUUCGAUUUCUCUGUAAGGCCUAAGUUUCAGUUAUGAGAAUGGCUGGAUUCUCCACAUUUUCCCUCGUCCCUCUUUGGAUGACCUUUGGCUGUGUUGCUGCUUUAGAUGAACCUAGAAUCUGCUAUAUCUUGGAUGCCAUCCUCUUUUUCUACGGACUGGUUCUAACUAUUCUGUAUUGCAGAAUGAAGUUACAGAACAAAGCUGCAAACCACAAGUCUUAUCCAAAGAAAGAGGCAGCGGAGGGGAUUUAUGAGGGGCUUACACCACAUGCUUCAGACACCUAUGAGACCAUCCAGCUGAAGGCCAAAUCUUGAGACAGACCUAGUACAAAAACAGAGACAGUAUAUGGAAACCCUUUCCUCUGGCUUUGGGACAAAGUGCCAAAUCACAUUUCUCAGCAUGCACCUAAUAAUAUAUAGGCCCCCCAUUUUUUAUAUAGAUAUAUAUAUAUAAAAAGAUAGUUUAUAUUAUUUUUAUAUAUGUAAUACAUGGCAACAGUUCAGGUACUAAGUUAAACAUAAUAUCAACAGUAUGACUGUAGGUCUAAUGCUUUAUGUUAAAUUAUUUUCUUAAUGUACAUAUGUAUUAGAAGUAGUACAUAAAAGUGCAGUUAGUGAGAAAGGUUUAAAAAAAAUUGGAGGUUAGCUGUUUUCAUUCUCAGCAGCCUAGCAAAUUAGUAAAACCCACCCACGCAGUACCAAUGUUUUGUUAAUUUAUUGAUAACUGCCAGAAUGUGAGAUUUUUUUUCAAAUACUGCAAAAAGUGUUCCAUCUUAAAAUCACUGACUCUAAUAAUGGAAUCCCUGACGUUAAUUAAAUUCCAGGGAAAUAAUAUUAUAUAUAAUUUAUAUGGAAGAUCUUUGACCAUUAAAUUCUUCACUUUGUACUUGUUUGCUUUUAAGCUUUUUAAUCUUUUGAAAAUGUGUCUUUUGAAAUGCAGUUUUUUAAAUACUGUUGUCAUUUUUUGUUGUGUUGUGUUUUUACUAUUUUUAAAUUUUCUUUUCAAUUGUAAAGCAAAAGCACUUUGAGUUGCUUGGUACAUGAAAAGUAUGCUAUAAAUAAAAAAUAUUAUUAUUAAAUGAUAAAUUCUCAGAAAUUGAUAACAUAAUGGCAUAUUUAACAAUUGUCUCACUUGUAUGUAUGUCCAUUUCAAGGCUUUAUCAUUUUAAAGCUAUUAAUAGUCAGAAUAAAAAAAUCACACAUCAGCCCUUUGGCUGCUACAACACAAA